AUGGCUAUCAGAACUAUCUGGAGUUCGCCUGCAGACAUGGAUGAUGAGCUAGAGCAGUGGACUUCUAUCCCAGAGGGGGAUAGCCGGCUCCGACAACUGGGAAUGCUCACCGGCAUAUUUGCUGAGGACUUCGAAGGGCCUGAUGCUAUGGCCCUGACUCGCAUCAUCCGUACCCUGCUAUUGCGGAAUUUGGUUAGCCGAGACCUGGAAUGGGUGACUCUGCCAGAGGAGGUGGUUCUAGAACACGAUAUUGAUGAUGUCCUACUGAGUGGGCCCCAUGAAACGGCACUUGCCAAGGCCAACGACAACGUUUUGCAAGUGCUGACGGAUAGGGGAUGGGCCAUCAACCCUGGUGCGGACCCUGCCCCGUGCGUCUUCCCCUUCACCUACAAGGGCAAGGUCUACACAGAAUGCACAACUGUUCACAGCAGCCGACCCUGGUGCGCCACCACUGCCAGCUAUGACCGGGACAAGGCCUACAGGUUCUGCUCCGAGGAGGCCUAUGGGGGGAACUCAGGCGGCCAGCCCUGCUUCUUCCCCUUCGUGUACAAGGGCUGCACCUUCCAUGCCUGCACCAAGUUGCAGAAUCGCCUACCCUGGUGCGCCACCACGGCAAACUACGACACGGAUCAGCGCUGGAGCUACUGUCCUGACACAAUGCUUGGCGGGAACUCGGAGGAGACCUGUAUGUUCCCAUUCAGCUACAAAGGCAGAUGGUACACAGCUUGUACCAUGGAUAACAGCAAGCGGCCCUGGUGUGCCACCACAAGCCACUACGAAGCGGACCGUAAAUGGAAGUACUGCGGCACGGCGGGUAUCUCCCCUUGCGUCUUCCCUUUCAUCUAUAAGGGCAAGACCUACCACAGCUGUACAGCAGUCAAUGACCAGAUGGGACGGCCCUGGUGUGCUACCACUCCCAACUACGACAAAGACCAUCUCUGGCGCUUCUGCUUGAGCAAGGCCUAUGGGGGGAACUCAAAUGGUCAGCGCUGCAUAUUUCCUUUUGUUUACAAAUCCCGGCUAUAUCACAGCUGCAGCAACUCUGGAAGCAAGAAGGGAAAUUUCUGGUGCGCUACAACCCAGAACUACAACCAGGAUAAGCUGUGGAGCUACUGUCCAGAUAUCAUCCUCGGUGGGAACGCAGUAGGAAAGAGCUGUGUGUUCCCCUUCGUCUAUAAAAAUCAAGUGUACUUCACCUGCACCAGCGACGGGGAGAGCUCGGGAAAAUUGUGGUGCAGCACCACCAGGAAUUACGACGUGGACAAGAAGUGGACUUACUGUUCCAAGCGAGACUACGACAAACCCUGUGUCUUUCCCUUCAUCUACAAGAAUUUUAAAUUCCUCACCUGCACUAACCUGGCGGAGGCCAGCGGGAAGUUCUGGUGUUCUACCACAGACAACUAUGACCGGGACCAUCAGUGGACCUACUGCCCUACCUGA